AUGUCUCGUCUUAUCGACAAAGAGUCUAAGUUGCGAGUAAAACCAAUGCGAAUACUUUGCGUGGGUCUCUGCAGAACAGGCACAAAUUCAAUGCGCAUCGCUCUCACAAAACUUGGCUACACGCCUUACCAUGGAUCCGAAUGUUUCAGAAGCCCCCCUCGAGACUUCAAUCUCUGGAUUGAAGCUAUGCAAUGCAAUUUCAUAAACACCCAAAAAAGUCACCGAUAUGGACGGGCGGAGUUCGACCGCCUAAUAGGCUCCUAUGAUGCUUGUCUUGACAUACCAGCUUGCCUUUUUUGGGAGGACUUGCAUCGUGCGUACCCUGAUGCGAAGGUUAUUGUGACGACUCGCGACGUAGAGCCAUGGUUGGAUUCUGUAAAUGCGACAGUUUUGAAGUUCAUCCGAAUGCCGUUCUUCUGGUUUUGGCAGUAUGUCGAUACCACUGAGAUCGGUCCGUUGUUCCACAUGUUGCGAAUGGCUUGGAAGGUAUUCUCUGGUGGUUCCUACGGUAGAGAUGCCUGUCGACGGGCGUAUCUUGCACAUAACGAACGGAUACGAAAGUCCAUCCCAGCGUCCCAACUACUGGAAUUCCGCUUGGGAGUUGAUGGUUGGGAGGAGCUCUGUGGGUUCUUGGAUUUGCCAAUUCCACAGCAGCCAUGGCCAAAGGCCUAUCCAAAGGAGGAGUAUCAGGAGCACAUCCGUUUUGCUUUACACAGGGCUCUUAAGCAAAUUAUUCUGUGGCUUGGG